AUGCUGUUCAACAUCCACAGCGCCCUCGCCGUGGCCAGUGUGCUGGUUGCGACCACAGCGGCAGAUGGUUUCAAGGUCCUUCCCCGAGGAGCCGACGGAACACUCGUCGGCUGCUACUCCGCGAUUCCUGGAUAUGGCGCAUCGAAGAGUUGGACCUACCAGAGUUCUGGUUGGUGUUUGGACCGCUGCUAUGGUCAGAGCAAAGCCGCAUUCGCUCUGACAGGAGGAUCCGAUUGUGUUUGCGGUGACACAUUACCACCCGAUAGUGACAAAGUCUCAACCGACAAGUGCAGCAAGUCCUGCAGUGGUUGGCCCGAGGAUAAGUGUGGUGGCAAUGGCUACUACUCGGUUUACACUACAAACUACGAAGACGAUGUUCCCACUUACGAGGAUUCAUCAAGCUCAACAAGCACAACCACCGGAGGAUCGGCCACCUCAACAUCUGAAUCAAGUGUUGCCGUUUCCACUGCAGCAAGUGGACAAACCACUGUGGUGACAGCCCACAGCGAUGCCACCCCAACUGCGGAAACGUCCGAUGAAAAGAAGGCCUCAAGCAGCAAGAACACUGCUGCUAUUGCAGCUGGAGUGGUUGUGGGAGUGGUCGGGUUUGCCGCUCUCUGUGGUGCCGGCUUCUUCUGGUGGCGAUCCAAGAACAACAAGUCUAAUGCUGCCAUGGGCGGACCCACGGGCGGAUAUGGUCGUGACUCCGGCCCACCAUCAAUGUCCGAUUCGCGCUUCGAUGGCGACUACAUGGCCCAGCGCCGCCAGAGCAACGGCAGCAUUGACGAUGAUCAUGACUUCUCCCGUCGGAUCUUGCAGGUUACAAACCCGGAUCGCUAA